AGGAUCCUCAGUGCGCAUGGCACAGCGACUGCGCUGGAGUGAAAAUGUAUAUCCAGUCAUCUGAACACUACCUCAACUAAGGACGCACCGAGGAGACUCGUUCAUCUUCGGCCAACUGCACAAACUAAAGCUGUUUUCCCUUCAUCCCGGAGCCUUCGAUCGCGAAGGGUGAUCUCACCAUAUGCGCUGACGGGAUUCAAUGUGCCACUAUAUAACAUCCACACAGAGGCUACCGACCCGCUCCUCUCCGGAUGAAUCAAGCCCGAGGAUAGAGGACUUUAUUUUAAAGCAGAUACGGAGUGUUCCAAAUCUGUAACUCUCAUAAUCCUGAGCGUCCUUUUGAUAUUUUUUGGAGAGAAGCGUUUUGGUGCAGGAGACUCGAGGGAUACCACUACUGUUGCUGCUUGCUUUUGCACAAAGAAGCGCGUCAGAUUGGAUUUAAGCUGCAGUCCACUUCACACCAACUGCAUUGCCAUAACUGAAGGGGGGAAAUGUAUGUAUCGUGAAAUUAUGCUCUGGCAGCUUUUCUCGUCAACUCUUUGCUGGAUUUACAGAUUUGUGUCUACAAGUGGGGCGUUUUUCUGCCUUUCAGCUCCAGAUAAUAUCACUUUACAACUACGAUGAGACAACGUGGAGGGCCAACUAGAGGUAAUGUUGCUUACAGAAGUGCACUGAGGGAGCAGGACAGUGACUUCCAGAGGAUACCUGCAGAGGAGUGAAUGCCGUCUCCGAUGUGGAGCUUGUCGCUGUCCGACGCGCGAGUGGUGCUGAAAUUUGGAUGAUGCCGAGCCAGCGACUGCAAGGCUGCCGCUCCCUGCACUUCAACGAGGACAACGGCCGCUUCGUGCUGCUCGCCAUCCUCAUCAUAGUGUACCUGCUGUGCGGCGCUGCGGUCUUCUCGGCCAUAGAGAGGCCCUCGGAGCUGCGGGCUCACGGCCGCUGGAACGGGACGCUCCUCAACUUCAGCGAGACCUUCAACAUCAGCCUGCAGGACCUCAACUCCUUCCUGCGAGAGUACGAGACCGCCAUCGCCGCCGGGAUCCGAGCUGAUGCUCUGAGGCCAAGAUGGGAUUUUACUGGGGCUUUUUAUUUUGUUGGAACUGUGGUGUCGACUAUAGGUUUUGGGAUGACAACACCUGUGACAAUUGCGGGCAAGGUGUUCUUGAUCUUUUACGGACUUCUGGGCUGUGCUGCCACUAUCCUCUUCUUUAACCUCUUCCUGGAGCGCAUCAUCACGCUUCUGGCGGUGGUGAUGAAGGCCGUGAGGGAGAGGCGAAUCAGGAACAGCGGCCUGCUCCCGCCAGGCAUCCGUCACGACUUCUCAGCCUACUCCCUCCCGGGAUGGAAGCCCUCCGUGUACCACGUGAUGCUGAUUCUCUGCAUUUCCGCGAUCACCAUCUCCUGCUGCGCGUCAGCCAUGUACACCCCCGUGGAGGGCUGGGCUUACUUGGACUCACUCUAUUUCUGCUUCGUCACAUUCAGCACCAUCGGCUUUGGUGACUUUGUCAGCAGCCAGGGCGCGACUUACGAAUACCAAAGCCUCUACAGGGUGGCCAACUUCUUCUUCAUGCUAAUGGGUGUGUGCUGCAUAUACUCUCUGUUCAAUGUCAUUUCUAUUGUCAUCAAGCAGGUGCUCAACUGGCUGCUGGAGAAAAUGAGCUGCUUGUUUUGCCAGCGCUGCAAUAAGGCCAACGCCUUCCUGGGCAGACGCAACGCCAUCCGACCCGGUUCCAAGGUCCGCCAGGGUCGCCUGGGCCAGCCGCCCGACUCAGACGGACCUUGCGAUAGUGACACUGAGGGACGCAGACUAUCAGGGGAGAUGAUCUCCAUGAAAGACCUGGCGGCCUCUAACAAGGUGUCGUUGGCCAUCAUGCAGAAGCAGCUGUCCGAGUCCGCCAAUGGAUACCCCAGGACAGUCUGCGGCAGCUCGCGCCAUAAUGGUUUCUCCGGUGGGGUUGGCGCCCUCGGUAUCAUGAACAACAGGCUGGCGGAGACGAGUAACUCCAGGUAGAAGAUACAGUGAGACUGAAGCGUCGGAGCUUUUUUGUUGACCGCCAUAUAAAAAUACAAGGGUUUUAAAAAAAAAAAAAAAAAAAAAGGGAUUGCCGAUGUAACUUGUUAUGCAUGAUAUACAUGAUUUAUUUAUUUUUUUUCUUGGCCGGAAUUACAAGUCUGUCUGACUGACAAAACAACUAAUGGUGAUUCUAGUGAUGGUUUGAUGAUGAUGGCAUGAAGAGAGAACCACAGAUAAAAAGUCAAAAUUUGGAAGCGUGGGUACCAUCCAUCACCAUCUCAUUAACCAAACCCAGAACAAAAUCUCUUAAAUAACAGUGUUAGCCUGCAGAGGAAACAGUAUGCCAUACUCGCUCAAUAUACCUGACUUAAACAACCGUAAUGUUGUGUUGUAAAGGAGCCAAGGGAAGAAUACAGUCUUUGCUGUUUUGGGGUUUUGCCAGUUUAUCUGAAUGUAGAUACUGAAUGCUGAUGUAAACAAGCCGAAUGAUAUAGCACAUACUGAUCUAUGCAUUGCAGUUCUCAUGCAUUUUUGCACCAUUCCCUUCCAUUGAUUGUGCAAACACACCUUCUUUCCCCCCCUCUUCUUCUUCUAUCCUCAGGUGAUUGAUUUCAUUUCUAGUGUGGGAGGUUUCUUAGCGUGGCCGCGAUGUAGCUGAUUUCAACAGGGGCUGUAGUGAAAGGGCGGUUUAUUCAGUGACAUACUAACAGGCUACAAAGAGUAAUUUCCUGCCGCUCACGGUGGAGAAGGGAGCAGAGUCGUGGAAUGAAAAUUCAUUGCUCAUGAGAGAGGAGCAGGCCUUCUUAUCAGCUGAGAACAUGCUCCGGCGUCCAAAGACUUUGACUUAAACGGUAAAAGAAGGCCCCUUCCAAGUCUUUCCCCCUUUUUUUUCCUCUAGCUUACAGCCGCCUGCAAGGAAAAUAAAUGAUAGCGGGAUAUCGCGGGACGUGUUCGUAAAACUGAAUAAAUGAAAGUUUGUGUUUGUUGGAUGCGAAGUAUAAGGUAGGUGGACAAGUAGGGGAACAAUAGAUGGCUGUAGCCCAUUCAUGUUUAAUGAAGCAUAUUGAAAGAAGCAGGGUGGAUCCCAGAUGCAUGAGUAAAAGAGGGUUCUCAUUUUCCAUUUGUUUGCAUUUACACAUUUUUCUCUGUAAAAAAAAAAAAAAAAAAAACCUGCAGAUGCCUAUUCCUUCCUCUUGAUUCGCAGCCUAAAUGUGCAGCUGUGGUUUAACGGAUGGAGGGCAUUCGCAGAGGAUACGGCGCUACCCUGUCAGGCUUAACGUUCAAUUCCCUCGUCGCCGACAACAAUUUCUUCCGAGGUGUCUGUGAUUUACGGCCACGUGGCGGAGUGUGGUGUUUGCAAACACCAACAUAGAGGAGGAAACACAGAUACCUAUCCAAGUGAUGGAGGUGGAGGAGUAGGGAGAAGAGCAGCUGACAGCAGUAGAGGAAGAGGAGGUGGGGUUAAUCAAGUUUAUAUCUAAAUUCAUGCAAAUCUGCAGCCUCCCCCAGCCGCCGAGCGCUCAACUUUUCCUGGCGUCUCCCCAGCCCUCCUUUCCCCUUCCAUCUCUGCAAUCGCUUCACACACACACCCUGCACCAAAGCCCUCCUGCUUCCUAUUUCUCGCGGAUCUCGGCUCUCUCCUCAAGCCCAUCACUGUUACACUGUGAACAUGAGACACGCCAUAAAUGUACAUACAGUAUAUAGCAUUGGAAUGUCUUUAAAAAAAAAAAAAAAAGAAAAAAAAAAGAAGCUUUUUAACGUUAAGGGUUGGGUCUGGAUCUGUCCUUUUUCUUGAUUUUUAUCAUUUCAGUGCAUAGUGGUGAAUAAUUUCUCCCCAGUCUCUGCAAGAGGAAUAGAGAAAUUGACUCAGGUAGUUAAAUCUUCAGGCUUGUCUUAGUUUUUCCUGCAUGCCAUUAUGGUAAAGCCAUACGAGAUAGCUGUAUAUAAAACAGAGUACUGUUUAAAGUCUAUUUUUCUACAUUUAGCUUUCAAAUAUCUGUAAGUGGAUGAUUGAAAAGUCUCACUGUCACAUGUCUCUUAUACAGUCAGUUGCUGGAUUGGCCAGAUGCAGCAUUCAGAGGAGCUUAACUCAUUUUGCAAGAUACAGAAAUUUGUUGAGGUUUUUUUUUUGCAGAGUUAAGCCCGGUUUAUACUUCUGCAGCAGAUCAACAGAUACUGGUUUGUCUGCUGGUUCGUCCGCAUCGUUUUGUAAUCACGCUGCUAAAACGCUAGAGUUUCUUUGUCUACUUCAAACAGUGGGGACUGGAACUGAGCAUUAAUCAUUAAUAAAUGCUGAGCAACAGUUACUUCUCCUGGAUUCAAUCUGCGAUAGAUGAUGCGUAAAAGGCAGGAGAAAAUAUAAUUUUCUGUACUUCUAUGGCCGCUGAGAGACAUAUUCGAGGAAAUGCAUUUUGGACUUAUUACAUCUGCUUCGUCGGGACAUGUAGUUGCAUUACUGGGGAGGUUCACGUCAGGCUACAGCGGAGGCUCGGAUCCGACGCAGACGCAUAAAUCUGGCUUAACUCUGCAAGAAAGCCAUUGCUUAUUCCUUUCACAAUUCCCAACAGGGUGGCUCACGAGCGGGAGAAGUGAGCGUAUGUGGGUGAUGUGAAGCUCGCAGCACUGAGGGCGGAGGGUUCACGUGCUGUUUAGCGGUGACACUGCAAACACAAAAAAAAAAAAAAGUGCCAAAACCCUGGGACAUCUGAGCAGGAGCACGGGCAUGCUGUAGCAUAUGACAUACUGUAGUUUGAAUUCAACGGCGUUCCCCACGGCUGAAAUGCGUCUCGGGGGGGGAAGGUUUUAUUGACGCUUCUCUGGAAUGAUGAUUCCUGGAUGCAAAGGUUGAUUUUCCCUCUGAGGUUUUAGGUUACGGUGAUCGAGGUUUCGGGACGUUUCCUCCCGAUAUCGUCCGCACCGUGACUUUAACAGACUUCCAAUUAGGACCGUGUGUGUAAGUAUGCAUUUGUGCAUCCAAACAAAGAGUGUAAAUGACUGAAAAUGACAGUUUCGGGAAUCUGCCGAAUCUUAACUGCUUCCCAAAAGAGAAGCCCCUCUAGGAGUUUUUAUUGACUCGAUAUAAUAUUCGCUGAUAUGUAUUUUACUUAAGCCUGAAACACAUCAAGCUUUUAAGCCACUGAAUAUAAUACUUAGAGUUUAUUCACCUACAAUGCAUGCUUGGCUUGAAAUCAGUUGCCUUACUUUAGUCCAUGUAUAUUCCCCAAAAGGUUCCUUAGUGAAAAAGAUUAUCGUGUGUAGAGCUUGUGCGUUGUACUAUACAACUAUUUUGCAUUUUGCAAAAUCGAUCUCCAUUGAUUGCAAUGGUUUUAACUGCCCCGCUGUCCUCUGUGUCUCCUGUAAGAGGAGACAGGUGGUCUUAGGAUUGACUGUAUGUUUGUAUUUGUCCACAGCAGAAAUGCCUCUAAAUAGCGGAUAUCGGUCUACUUUUGUUUCUAGUGCAAUUAAUAAUUCAUGUCCUCAUCAAACACCAAAUUGGGUUGAGCUGAUGCAAAAUUCAAGUGUUUGUACAUAAUCUGGGUGAACGUAGCAGACUUGGAGCGCAUGGCUCGGCGGUUCGCGCCAAACUUGUCAGGGUCGACUCAACCCGAAACAGUCGAAGCCGCCGCUGACAGCGAUUUUUUCCGCUCAAUGAUCAUAUUAUUCUGCUGCAUUAAUUGACACUGGAAUAUCUGUUAGUCAACAGCGCUCUGAAUGUAAAGUAGUCCUGUUAAAAUGUUACGCUUCCACGGCCAUUACAAUAAGGAAACGACUUGUUUGACACAAGGACAGACUGGAAACGUAGUUAGUGUUAAUCUUUAAAGCUGCUGACGGUGCUAAUGGCAUUAACGUUUAUCCUACAAACUUCCCUGUAGUCGCAGUAUGAGGCAUAGCGCUUUGCUCCGCACCAAGGAUGAGUGCAUGAACUCGAGACUGUUAAAGUGGCUCAUUCCAGGAGCGAAAUGUAUUUACAUUAAUUUGGUGAGGGGCGCCCUGCAAACGGCUGUUGCUGACAGGCAGGUGAACAGCUGAGCGGGUCCGUAAAUGAAUGAUGUAUCAUUUGCGCUGCUCGGCUGCUUCUGAUCUUUAGCGGGAGUCACGCUGUCAGCCUUGAUCCAGAGCUUGAUCUCCAAAUCCACAGGACAAGUGAGCUUGUUUUGUUUUUGUUUGUUUUUUAUGUUUUUCUUUCUUCUGAAGACCGGUAAAAGGGUGCCACAAACUUAAUAUAGAAGCUGCUUCAUGCGUCUGUGAUCCACAGUUAUGUUGAUCUUUGCCUCUAUUGAUAUCAGAAAUAAUUCUACAUGUCUCAUGUUGCUUGCAUCGUGGUGUAACAUCCAGUUAAUGUAUGCAAAUGAAUUAUGUUUGCAAGUUGCACAUUUAUACAAAUGAUUGUACUUUUAUAUAAUGUAACUGAAAUUUGUGUGAAGCAAGAAGGGGUUCCAUUAAACACGGAUAUUUACUGACA